UAAAUGGAGAUCAUCUUUAAGGCCUCUGUGUGUGAAUAUGGUACUGUACUGUUGUUUUGUAUUAAGUCUACACUUUCAGAAGUCAUGUGAUUGGAGGCCUUGCCCGCCCUUUCCUCAUGGACCCCCUCAAAUCAAAACCCUCCAACUCCCAAAGCUGAGCACUAAAAUGACGUUCACCGGCGCUGCGCUGCGCUCCCCUUAUCUCCAGGAACAGCACGGAGCGCGUACCCACUGCGGACUUUUGCCCUCCGACUUUGGUAGGCAAAGAUAAGCGGAACGGUGUAAGAGCAGCUCCAACAUGUUUUCACCUAAGUCGCCAAAAAAUGCCUCAAAGUUUGUCUUCAAGUCGCUGCCCGGCGCGGAGGAGCAGAUAUGUAUGGUUGAGUGUAAACCGGACUGCACCUGUGUCGUCCACUCCGCCUGCAGCUGCGACAGGAGAGACUGCGCGCCCGAGGUGAAGGAGAAUGGCCCUGACAUCGAGAAACAAGGCUUUGACAACUUGGCUUACGAGUAUGGGAGUCAGAGUGAGCUCUACCCUCCCCCCAAAACUGCCUCAAGAACAACUUUUAAACUCCUGGGACUCACCUCCGAGCACCAGGCCAAAGCCAUCGAGAGCAGAAUCUGCAGUCUGAAUGGAGUUCUUGCUGUCAACUUGUCUUUUCCCAGCAGCAUGGCCAAAGUGGACUAUCAUACCUCAGUUAUCACAGCCAAAGAGAUUGCCCUGGAGCUCCAGAGAGUGGGAUUCAAUGUAGAGUCGGCGGUGCAGAUCAGGGUGGAUGGUAUGCACUGCCAGUCCUGUGUGCAGUCCAUUGAGGGGCACAUUGGUCCUCUACCUGGGGUUUCACAUAUUCAGGUGUCCCUUCAAGAUGCUGUAGCACUUAUUAUAUAUAAACCUCUUGUAGUAACACAACAGGAGCUGAGAGACAGCAUAGAGGACAUGGGUUUUGGUGCUACUUUAUUAACCGGUGAUCCAUCUGAAUGUGAUAUAAGCUACUGGCAGAGGGACAUAUUGAGCUUCACUGUGACCGUUUGGAUUGUAGGGAUGACUUGCAACUCUUGUGCGCAGUCCAUAGAAGGGAGGAUCUCUCAGAUGACUGGAGUGCAGUCCAUAGUAGUGUCACUGAAGGAGGAAAAGGGAAUAAUAACCUUUGACCCCAGUCUGACGGAGCAGGAGCAGGUCAGGGCAGCUAUCGAGGACAUGGGCUUUGACGCAUCACUUGAAGAACCUGCAUCAAAGACCCUCCAGGGUCAUGUUAAGUCCAGGCCUGUUAACUCUGGACUUUCUGACCUUUCUGACUUGCAAUUUCCCAAUAAGUCGGGAGUCAGCAAUGGCACUGGAUCACAGGCAACCUCGGCCAGUGAGAUUAAAGUACAGAAAUGCUUCAUUUGCGUAAUGGGAAUGACCUGUGCCUCCUGUGUGGCCAACAUUGAGAGGAACCUGCUCAAACACAAGGGAAUCAUCACCGUGUUGGUGUCACUGAUGGCUGGGAAGGCAGAGGUGAAAUAUGAUUCAGAGGUCAUAAAUGCUGCUGCUGUAACUCAGCUGAUAGAAGACUUAGGAUUUGGUGCCAAGCUGAUAGAGGAAAAUGCGGUAACACAUGGGAAACUGGACCUCACUAUAACAGGCAUGACAUGCGCAUCAUGUGUCCACAACAUUGAAUCCAAGCUCACCUCAACCAAAGGGAUCCAAGGGGCCUCUGUCGCCCUGGCAACCAAAAAAGCCCAAAUCCAGUUUGACCCAGAAGUGCUCGGACCUCGAGAUAUUAUCAAGAUCAUUCAGAGCCUUGGUUUCGAGGCCAGUCUGGUGAAGGAACGCUUCAAAAACAACCUCGAUCACAUGGAAGAAAUUCGACAGUGGAAGAACUCCUUUCUACUCAGCCUUGUUUUCGGCUUGCCUGUCAUGGGUCUCAUGAUUUACAUGAUGGUGAUGGACAGUCAGCACCAGGAACACGGAGGCUCCAUGCCUGAGGAGCAGAACAUACUGCCUGGCCUCUCCCUCCUCAACUUGGCCUUCUUCCUGCUCUGUACACCUGUGCAGAUCUUUGGAGGCCGAUACUUCUACAUCCAGGCAUACCGCUCAUUAAAACACUGCACAGCCAACAUGGACGUGCUGAUUGUAUUGGCCACCUCUAUUGCCUACAUCUACUCCUGCGUGGUCCUCAUUGUAGCCAUGGCGGAGCGAGCCAGCCAGAGCCCUGUCACCUUUUUUGACACUCCACCUAUGCUGUUUGUGUUCAUUGCGCUGGGUCGAUGGCUGGAGCAUGUUGCAAAAAGUAAGACCUCAGAGGCUUUGGCCAAAUUGAUGUCACUUCAAGCCACUGAUGCCACUGUGGUCACUUUGGGACCUGACCACUCCAUCAUCAGUGAGGAGCAGGUGGUAGUGGAGCUAGUGCAGCGAGGUGACAUCGUGAAAGUUGUUCCAGGAGGAAAGUUCCCCGUUGAUGGGAAGGUGAUUGAGGGAAGCUCCAUGGCAGACGAGUCCUUGAUCACAGGUGAGCCGAUGCCUGUCAGUAAGAAGGUGGGCAGUUUGGUGAUCGCCGGUUCUAUCAACGCUCACGGUGCCCUCCUGGUGGAGGCCACUCACGUUGGUGCAGACACAACUCUGUCUCAAAUAGUUAAACUGGUGGAAGAGGCCCAGACCUCGAAGGCGCCCAUCCAGCAGUUUGCAGACAGGCUCAGUGGUUACUUUGUGCCCUUCAUAGUCAUUGUCUCUGUGCUGACGCUGGUGGCCUGGCUGGCAGUUGGGUUUGUCAACUUUGACAUUGUGAAGGAGAAUUUCCCGGGUUACAACCAAAACAUCUCCAAGGCGGAGGUCAUCGUCCGCUUUGCCUUUCAGGCAUCCAUCACAGUUCUGUCCAUUGCCUGCCCCUGCUCUCUGGGGCUGGCAACCCCGACAGCUGUAAUGGUGGGCACAGGAGUCGGAGCUCAGAACGGGAUCCUCAUUAAAGGAGGCGAGCCACUGGAGAUGGCACACAAGAUCAGCGUGGUGAUGUUUGAUAAGACGGGUACAAUCACAAAUGGAGUACCGCAGGUCACCCGUGUGUUGGUAUUGUGGGAAAUGGCCCGCAUGCCUCUGAGGAAGAUCCUGGCAGUUGUUGGUACAGCGGAGGCCAGCAGCGAGCACCCCCUGGGCACAGCAGUUGCCAAACACUGCAAAGAGGAGCUGGGCUGUGACUUGCUGGGUUACUGCCAGGACUUCCAGGCAGUGCCCGGGUGUGGGAUCAGCUGCCGGGUUUCCAACGUGGAACAUCUGCUGCAGCAGCAGAAUGACGAGCAUUUCCUGCUGCCAGGAGCCACCACUGACGAAAGCAGCCUGCUGUCUGCUGCCGAGGCCACGCCUGCAGCAGGUGAACCUUUAUCGUACUCUGUCCUGAUUGGGAACAGAGAGUGGAUGAGGAGGAAUGGUCAUCACAUCGGAGCAGACGUUGAUGCCGCCAUGUCCAGCCACGAGACGAAAGGGCAGACUGCUAUCCUGGUGGCCAUAGAUGGUGUGCUGUGUGCCAUGUUAGCCAUUGCAGACACGGUGAAAGCAGAGGCAGCAUUAGCAGUGCAUACGCUCAACAGCAUGGGCAUUGACGUGGUUAUGAUAACGGGAGAUAACAGGUGCACAGCUAAAGCCAUAGCUGCACAGGUGGGGAUCAGAAAGUUGUUUGCAGAGGUGUUGCCUUCACAUAAGGUGGCAAAAGUGCAAGAGCUUCAGGAACAAGGCAAGCGAGUGGCAAUGGUGGGGGACGGUGUCAAUGACUCGCCCGCCCUGGCUCGGGCCGACGUUGGCAUUGCCAUCGGCACGGGCACCGACGUGGCUAUUGAGGCGGCUGACAUUGUCCUCAUUCGAAACAACCUGCUGGAUGUGGUGGCCAGUAUUGAGCUGUCAAAGAAGACGGUGCGGAGGAUACGGACCAACUUUGUUUUUGCCCUCAUCUAUAACCUUCUAGGAAUACCCAUUGCUGCAGGUGUGUUCAUGCCUGUUGGCCUGGUGCUCCAACCCUGGAUGGGCUCUGCUGCAAUGGCUGCUUCGUCUGUUUCAGUGGUUCUGUCUUCUCUCCUGCUGAGAAUGUACAAGAAAACCUCAGUGGAGCUGUAUGAGGUGCGAGCACUGGGCCAAACGAGGAGCCUUCAGUUGUCGCAGAUCAGCACACAUUUGGGUCUGGACAGCCAGCGGCGCAGCCCCGCUCCACCCACUCGGGAGCAGCUGAACCAAAGUGGCAUCGUCCUACCAAGCCAGGGACCGUCCAUUAACUCUGUAAAGGACCUUCAUGUGUUGUAAAGGGAAAAGGGGGGAAGGACUGAGACAUCAUACAGUUUCUGCUCCUCAUGUUUACGAAUUGUGUGAUAUUUUUAUGUAUUUAUGUAAAUAGACAAGGCUAAUUGUGCACAUAAACUCAAAAAGUGCUCUUAUUUUGGCGUGGCACAUUCACCUUUAUCUCAUAAAGUUGUUAUUGGUGGCUCUGUGGACACCAAGCCAACAUCAAUCUGUAACUUUAGUAAGAAAAAUGUUGAAAAAUCAAGUUGCUAAAAAUGAAGCUAUUACUGAAGCACUGUGUCAUUUUAUGCAUUUUAUGCCUAUUUUCACUGCAGGUGACAGGAGCCGCAUAAAUCAAGCUUGCAACAUGAAAUAGUGUUGCUUGUGUGUAACUGCUGUACAAAUGCACCUCUAUAAUAUACAGUGGUGGAAAAAAGUUUCGGACACCCCAUGCAUUUGUGAAAUAUUGCAUUAAGAAUCACUCUUAGGUCUUCAAGUGCAAUUUCUUUUAGUACAGUCACAGCCAAAAUACUAAAUAAAUCCUAAAAAAGCCAUUAAAAACUUAAAAUUGAUUGGUUACAUAAAAAUACAUAAGAAAUUUUGAGUAUUGGGUCAUUUUGGUACCAGUGAUGAAGGUCGUUCUUUUUCAAUCAAUCAAUUUUUCACUCAAUUUUAUUUAUACAGCCCAAUAUCACAAAUCACAAUUUGCCUCACAGGGCUUUACAGCAUACGACAUCCCUCUGUCCUUAUGACCCUCGCAGCGGAUAAGGAAAAACUCCCCAAAAAAAACCCUUUAACGGGGAAAAAAAACAGUAGAAACCUCAGGAAGAGCAACUGAGGAGGGAUCCCUCUUCCAGGACGGACAGACGUGCAAUAGAUGUCGUACAGAACAGAUCAGCAUAAUAAAUUAACAGUAAUCCGUAUGACACAAUGAGACAGAGAGAGAGAGAGAGAGAGAGAGAGAGAGAGAUGCAGGUAAUGACAGUUGCUCACAACAUCAUUAUUGAAAGUAAUAAUGUUAUAGUUAUAGUUCUGGCUACUGUGGUACAAUAUAUUGAAAGUAUGUAUUAAUAUCUGGCAGUAUACAUGUGUGACAGUAGUCGUGUAUAAUAACAGUAGAAGUAUGACUAAUGACUAAUGAUGGCAGCAGCAGCAGGAGGCAUCUGGCAGGACCACGGCAGCAGCACAACCACACACAUCACGCUGUCCAGGCACCGCUGCGAUAUGAGUUAAUCUGAGAGACAGUGGAGCACAAAGGCUCCAGAGAAGAAGCCGAGUUAGUGACAUCCAGAAUGGCCGAGUUAGCAAGAUGCAGUAAUAGAAUACCAGAGAGAGAGAGAGAGAAGGAGAGAAGGGGCCCGGUGUAUUAUAGGGGGGUCCUCCAGCAGACUAGGCCUAAGUCAGCCUAACUAGGGGCUGGUACAGGGCAAGCCUGAGCCAGCCCUAACUAUAAGCUUUAUCAAAGAGGAAAGUCUUAAGUCUAGUCUUAAGUGUGGAGACGGUGUCUGCCUCCCGGACCGUAACAGGAAGAUGAUUCCACAGGAGAGGAGCCUGAUAGCUAAAGGCUCUGGCUCCUGAUCUACUUUUGGAGACUUUAGGGACCACGAGUAACCCUGCGUUCUCAGAGCGCAGUGUUCUGGUGGGAUAAUAAGGCACUAUGAGCUCUCUAAGAUAUGACGGAGCUUGACCAUUUAGAGCUUUAUAAGUUAACAGUAGGAUUUUAAAUUCAAUUCUGGAUUUUACAGGGAGCCAGUGCAGAGAAGCUAAAACAGGAGAAAUAUGAUCUCGUUUCUUAGUUCCUGUUAAUACAUGUGCUGCUGCAUUCUGAAUUAGCUGGAGAGUUUUUAAGGACUUACUAGAGCUACCUGAUAACAGAGAGUUACAGUAAUCCAGCCUAGAGGUAACAAAAGCGUGGACCAAUUUUUCUGCAUCUUUUCGGGUGAGGAUAGGCCUAAUUUUUGCAAUAUUACGCAGAUGAAAAAAUGCUGUCCGUGAGGUUUGUUUUAAAUGAGAAUUAAAAGACAAAUCUUGAUCAAAUAUUACUCCGAGGUUUCUUACGGUAGUGCUAGAGGCCAGAGCAAUGCCAUCAAGAGAAACUAUGUCAUCAGACACAAAAGACACAAUUUUUGUUGCCAAGCUUCGUGUCUACAUAAAGCCAGCACAUUUGAAAGUUCUUCAGACACAAAAAUGGCUAAAACAAGGAACCUAACGCAGGAAACACGCCUGAAGAUAAAGAUUCUCAGCCAGGAAGGGUACAGCUGCCACCAGAUAGCCAGGAAGUGCAGAUGCAGUCCUUCAGCAGUUGGAUACACUCUGCAGAAAUACAGAUGAACCAACAGCUUGGAAGACAAACCAAGAUCUGGGCGUCCAAGGGUUUCUUCAGCAAGAAAUGACCGCAUCCUGAUCCCCAUGUGCAGGCAAAACCGCCGAAUGACAUCACAGGAGCUUCAGCAGCAGUGGUCAAACCAAACUGGUGUCCAGUGUUCCACCUGCACUGUACAUGGCCGUCUUUUAGAUCAUGGCUUAAGGUGCUACAAGGCUAUCAAGAAGCCCCUUAUCAAUGAGAGACAGAGGUUAGCCCGGCGUCGUUGGGCCCAGGCACACAAGAACUGGACAGCCAGGAAUUGGAAGAAGAUUUUGUAGUCAAAUGAGUCCAGUUUCCAGCUUUAUCUUCCUCCUACUAAUGUGAGGGUACGCAGAAGGCCAGGCAAAGCAUUAUCUCCAGCAUGUACAGUACCUACUGUCAAGCAUGGUGGAGGCAGUAUCAUGGUUUGGGGAUGCAUGAGCGCUGCUGGUGUUGGUCAUCUCACUGUCUGUGAUGGCACAUUGAACUCUACCAAGUAUUGUACCAUUCUCGAAACCCACAUGCUCCCUUCUGCGCGUGCACUCUUCCGUCGAGGUAAAAACUGGAUGUUUCAACAAGAUAAUGCCCCUUGCCACACAUCCAAGGCCAGUAGAACUUGGCUGCAGGAGCAUAGUAUCCAGGUCUUAGAGUGGCCAGCUCAAUCCCCGGACAUGAGCCCCAUUGAAAAUCUGUGGUGGAUUAUCAAAAGGUCUGUUUCAAAGCAUAAACCAAAGAAUUUAGAAGAAUUAAAAGCAGUAAUUCAAGAAGAAUGGGACAAGAUUACCCCUCAACAGUGUGAAAGGCUCGUGGGGAACAUGCCAGCCAGGAUUAGAGCUCUACUACAUGCCAGUGGCAGGACUACUAAAUAUUAAUUUGAUGAUGUGAUGGUUUAUUUAUUUUUUGUUCAGUUUUGAACACAUUCUCUGUUAUUUGUUGACUUUGAUACCGACAAAGUUGAGAAUUUACAUAUUGAAACUGUCAAGAAUUUAGUUUUGUUAGUUUUUCUUGUAAACAAUAAACAAAACAAUAUAAUUUGUAUUUGUCUGUGUCUGUCUAAUGCAGCCACACCUUUUGAAACACAAAAAAGAUUUUUCCACAAAUAAUUCAUGACAAUAUUUGAGAUUGUGUAAAAUUUUAAGGGUGUCCGAAAACUUUUUUCCACCACUGUACAUAACUCAAAGUAAAGCUAUACUGUUAGGAUAAGACUUUCAGUGUGACAGUGUCAGGUUAUAAAUAAUGCACAAGUUCAUAGAGAAAAACCAACAGUUCGAGAAUGUGUGUUUAUAUUUGUACCUGUUUCAUCCAACAGCUCUGAUUCUGUACUUUGAUUGGAAAACUGUCACUGAACCUAAGAGAAAUAAUAUGUUAUAGUAUGUAAAUAUGUUUCCAUGUUGCUGUGUUUUAGAUUAUUAUUCCGAGACAAAGGUUGACGUGUAAAGUGAUGCUGCAGUCCGGGCACUAGAGGAAAAUGUUGCCAUUGUGGGUUUCAUAUCCACGUUUCUAAAAGUGGCAUAUUUCUGA